AUGUCUGAAGAAUAUUGUUCCAAUAAAAGCUUAUUGUUAUCGCUCUUCACUUCUCAUGUUAGCAACUAUAGACAAGCGAUGGUUAAAGCAGGAAGAGUCACUUAUCUCUGUACGUCUUUCUCCUUCUCUCACUUAAGACUCGUUGAGAUGAAGAAGGAAGGAAGGAAAGAAAAAAAGAAGGAAUCUUCACUUACAGAAAUCAUCUUCAUACAGCAAAUACAUAAAGAAGCAAAUAUAUGCGAAAUAUCAUAG